AUGGCAGCCACCACCCCCCACACCCACACCAUAACCCGCAACAUCACCACCCUCACCCACCCCUACGACCUCAUCCUAUCCCGCAUACAUGCUUCCCUCGGCAACACCACCCUCCUGCCCCCACUCCAAUCUCUCGCCAAAACCUCGACUCCCCUAGAGCCCUACAUCGCAUCAGUAGUCGGGCCACACGACUUCAUAAUCUUCCAAAAAUACGACUGGCAUCCCCUCCUCGCGUCCCCCGGCCAGAACAGUCCAGGCUUGAAGGCGUGUCGCAUCAUCUUUGGAAAUCCACUUGUGGCGAAAACGAUGGUUAGGGAGGACGUCAAGGCUGGGCUGUUUGCGCCAGUGAGUAUGUUGGUUCAGGAAAUAGAGAAUGGUGGUGGAGUGAGUGUGAUGUGGGAUCUACCUAGUAGCUUGAUCAAUUGGGCAGGGACUGUGAAAGGGGAGAAGGGAGAGGCGUUGGAGAAGGCGAGUAAGGUGCUGGAUGGGAAGAUGAAGAGGUUUAUCGAGGAUUUGGGGACGGCGGAGGAGGAGUGGGAGGGCGUCAUUCGGGAGUGGAAGGAAAAUGGGGGCGGCAAGGGGAGGGAGGAGCUUUAG